AAUAAUUAUUGGACCUUGUGUGUGUUUUGAACCCGGCCUCACCAUGAAGCUGGACGACGCCGCGUGCUUCUCUACAUCAGGAGGACACAAGAGAAAGUCUGAAUUUGGUACUGAGGAUAGGAGAGCGAAGCGGCCACUGGUGCAACAGAGGGUAACGAUAGAUGUUGAUGUACUACAAGCACGAGUACAACAAGGUCGUGUUGGUUCUCAGGUAUUGAGUCGAAGGGGGAGCCAUGCAGUUAAAUACCCAGUGAAUUGUGAUCCCAUAGAUGGGGUGUCGCCCAACAUCCAUGCCAUGCAAGUCAACCGUACCUCUUGUGCUCGUUGUCUGCAAGGAGAACCGGGUCACUUCCGUCACAUCCUGGAGAAGUAACCAGUGAAUAUACGUGUUUUUUUUUUCACGAGUACCUGCCCUAAGUUAAGACGGGGGGGGAACACAGAACCGCUGGAGGGGCGUUUGCAAGAGUUGGGGAUAAGGAACAACUUGCAAGGUAGAAUGAUGUUGUGCAAUACCGGAAACUUGACAGUGGAGUGAAUACAGUAUUUGACGUUAGGGAGAAACAUCCCAUAGGCGUUCUAAACGGGUCUUGUGAUGAAAUUUGAGGUUUUUCGCUCCUGAUCUCCGUAUUUACUGUCAUCAUUAUGCUCUUACUCACAGAGAUUAUUGAAGUUGCAUAAUUGUUUAAUGUUGCUAGUGUUUUAUAAUUUAGUUGUGACAAUAUCAGGUUUAUACAAACUAAUCAAAUUACUGGUCUGAGAAAACCGGUGGCUUUUACUUUACAAUUAAUGUGUAUACUUUUAUUUUACUAGCUCUUUUAACUUAUUUUACAUGGCUGCUGUAGGUUUAGGUUGAAUUUUCUCUCAAAGUUUCUGAAUAUAUCCUGUUUGAGAUAUUGUGGAUUAUAUAAGUUGAUUUUUCGUAUAAUCUUUUAAAAUCUCAUUCACUCUAUAAUCUAUAACUAUAUACUGUACUGUAUUCUUCAGUGUAGAUGCACUUGAUAUGUUAACAUAGAGUUGUGACUGUUUUGAGAUGUACGACAAAUGUAAUGAACAUGAGAAAUGCGAGUUUGUUUCUUUAAUUUUUUUCAUUUUUCAACACAUUGGUCUCUGAAACAUACAACAAAAACUAUUUGCUUUAAAGUUCUAUUUGAUAUGGUUAAUACUGUCUUGCUAUAAUCCAAUACACUGUUUGUAAAGUGAUGAAUGGGUUAGGGAGAGGCACUUGUGAUUACAAAUUAUGUGAAUUGGUUUUCUGUGUGUGUGUGGAUCUAGUAAAGCAAACUUCCUUUGACUUUCUUGUCUGGUUAAAAAGUUUAAUUAGUGGUAGAGGAGUACGUACUUGGGGUAUUUUUGGAAAUAUAGUCGAGGUUUUCCUUGAGUAUGCUUCAGAUUAUAGUCAAGGUUUCUUUCUUGGGUAUACUUCAGAUUAUAGUCAAGGCUUACCUCAAAUUAUAAUCAAAGUUUUUCAUGGGUAUUACCUGAGAUUAUAGUUGAGGUUCUUCUUGGGUUUAUCCCAGGUUAUAUUUGAGGCAUUUCUUGGGGAUACCUCAUAGGUUAGACUUACCUGCAUAGAAUCGUGUUAGAUUUGUACAAAAAUAGAAUUGGCGUGAGGUGUGAGAAUUUGUUAAAGGACAAGAGAGAUUAUAAAGAAAGAUUGAAAUCCUUCCCCUGACCCCUUCUGCAUGACUAGGCUAAGUUACUACAGUACUGUAUUUAGUUCACAAAGAUAUUGGAGCAUGUGCCCAGUCAGCCUCCUAAGGUACAAAAUCAACAUGCCAUUUUGUAAACCUGUAAUGGAUCACAAUCACAUUUCUCAAAUAAAUAGUCCAGCUACAUACAAA